GCCAUGAUUGUUUAUCGUGUCUUUCGAUACCAGAACAAGUUUGUGGUUAAAUUGGUUCACUUUGGUCUUCAGCUGGUUGCAUUCGCCAUAGCUGUUCUGGGUCUGAAGGCAGCUUUUGACUUUCACAAUCAUAACAAAAUUCCUAAUAUGUAUUCACUGCAUAGCUGGCUUGGAAUUUCUACAAUGUUUUUGUUCACUACUCAGCUUGCUGGUGGUUUUAUAAGUUUCUUGUUCCCCAAGUUACCCGAUGGUCCACGGGCAUCAUAUCACAAGAUUCACAUCUUCUUUGGUGUGUUGAUUUUCAUGAUGGCUAUUGCUACAUGUCUUCUAGGAAUGACUGAAAAAGCUCUAUUUUCCAUCAAGGCAACAUACUCCAAGUUUGUACCUGAAGGUAUCCUCAUCAAUGUCCUGGGCGUCAUCCUUGUAUUGUUAGCUGCCAUAGUCAUGUUUGUUGUGACCAACUCGGCCUACAAGAGAGUGGAGAAUGAUGACGAGCAAAAAGCCUUAAUGUCUACCAAUGACUAAGGCCUAGUUUUCACUUGCAACAAAAUCAGAGUCGGAAUAAAUAAAUAAUCUUUAUUGAGGAAUCAACUUAUAACAAAGGGAAAACCAGAAAACCAAAACAGAAGUGAAGUAGAAGCAGAAUCAGAAGGAUCGGAAGGUUUCCUGUUGCUUGGCUUGUGCUUCCACUUAUGACAAGCAUUUUUCAUUUGCAGUCAGUCACGCAUGAACUGCUUCGGACUCUGACUUCGUCGCAAGUGAAACCAGGCUUAAAUGUCAUACAAUGUGAUGUAUGUUACCUUGGCUAGCCAAUUGAAAUUAAUAUUUAAUGUUUCAUUAGUAUGGUCAAUCAUAGAUUUUUUUCUUUUAACAACAUCAUGACAGUUAAUUAUUUCUUUAAAAAAAAUUAACAGACCUGACUUGUAAGCAGGGGUCUGUCAAAGCAAUUUUCCCCUGAUUUUUGAUUGACAAAUAUUAGAAAGGCUAAGGUAUCAUGUGCCACAAUAUAGUGCAAACACUAUAUCUUUGAAACAGUACUAUAUGUUAUUCAUAACUAGCAAGAGCUCUAUGUACAUGUAAUACUAAAUAGCACCGAUGAAACACUAAUAGGAAACAAUUGAUGGGUUUCAAGCAUUCCCAAGAGAGUUAAAAAACAAAAGCAUGGCGGCCAUGCAUUGUGGUACCGUUAACAAAGGAUGCUAAUGAGAAAUCUUUUGUUAAAUAAUACCAACAUGGCUGCGAUGACGUAACGUGCAAUUGAAGAAUAGACAUACUUGAGCUAUUUUGGACCAUGACGUAGUGCAAUAUAAACUUAUUAGUACUGUUUCACAAAUUAGCGUUUGCACUGAAAUAUUGGAAUUUAAUUGCAGGAAACUGUAAAAUUUUAAUUAUUUAAAUCUUAAAUAUUAAGGUUCAAUUUAUUUAAAGUUAAAAAGAUAAAUUUUACUAAAAUUUUCAAUAACUCAAACAGUUUUGUCGUGUAUCUCAGCAACAAAUAGUACUCAUGCAUCAUGAAAAAUGGUUUGGUGUGAUUUACGUUUUAACUGGAUCAUUUAAAAAAAAAUUAUUUACCCUUUCUUUGUUGCAAAUAUGAAUACAUAGAAAUAAUAUUUAAAUUCAUAUCAUUAGGUAUAUGUUAAUAUUAUGAUAAUUCAAACUAUUGAUCUUUUUAGUGCUAUCAAUAUAAUGACUCAAGACUAAACGGAAUGAGUGAACAAAUUUUAAUUUAUUGGAAAUUAUAUGUCAUUCUGGGUAUCAUAGUUUGAUUUUACUAAUGCCAGUGAUCAAAGUUGUAUGAUAAGGGACUAACAGUCAAAUUAAAACAAAAGAAAAUAAUG